CAACAAAUAGGAACGAAACAAAGUUAGGCGAACCAAAGUUUUCUUAUACGCGUUGUUGGUAACGCCGAUAACGGAACUUUCCUCGCUGUAUAAAACAGGGACGCUCGCAUCGAUUUGGUCAAAAGAAAAAAAAAAAGAUUUGUAUGUCAACGAAGGUUGAGCUUGUUUACAAGUCCAACCGUAGAUCUAUUUCUCUAAAGACUGUGUAUAAAAACAAAAGUACAAUGUCUGGAGAAAACGCUGGUAAAAAAAGGGUUGUGCUUGCCUACAGUGGUGGCCUUGAUACUUCCACCAUUUUAGUGUGGCUCAUCGAACAGGGCUAUGAAGUUGUUGCAUAUUUGGCUAACAUUGGGCAAGAAGAAGACUUUGACGCAGUUAGAGAAAAGGCUGUGAAAUUUGGGGCUCUUAAGAUGGUAAUCCUUGACCUGCGCAAAGAAUUUGUAGAAGAGUUUAUAUGGCCUGCUAUACAAGCCAACGCCACGUAUGAAGACAGAUAUCUUCUGGGGACAUCACUCGCUCGGCCCCUGAUCACAAGGGGCAUGGUCCAAGUGGCCAAGGAUGAAGGCGCCCACUAUGUUACACAUGGCGCCACUGGGAAAGGAAAUGACCAGAUUAGAUUUGAACUUGGUGCCUAUGCUCUUCAUCCAGGGAUUGAGGUGAUCUCCCCUUGGAGACAGCCAGAGUUUUAUAACAGAUUCAAAGGUCGCACUGACCUUUUUGAAUAUGCAAAGCACCAUGGGAUUCCACUUCCUGUCACACUGAAAAGCCCAUGGAGCAUGGAUGCUAACUUGAUGCACAUUAGCUAUGAGUCAGGUGUUCUUGAAGAUCCUGACCACCAUGCACCUGAUGACCUGUUCCAAAUGACCACUGACCCUGAGAAAGCCCCGGACAAGGCAGAUGUGAUUGAGAUAGAGUUUAAAAAAGGUGUCCCGGUAUGUGUGACAAAUUCUGCCGAGUCAGUAAAACAUACAGAACCCCUGGAUAUUUUUGUUUACCUUAACAAGGUCGGUGGAAGACACGGCAUAGGUCGAGUUGACCUGGUUGAAAACAGAUUUAUUGGCAUGAAAUCUCGAGGUAUUUACGAGACUCCAGGUGGCACCAUUCUCAUAGCAGCUCAUACAGAUAUUGAAGUUUUCACAAUGGACAGGGAAAUGAGAAAAAUCAAGAGAACCCUGGAUGUUCAGUUUGGAGAUCAAGUAUAUAAAGGGUUCUGGUUUAGCCCAGAGUGUGAGUUCACCAGAUUUUGCAUCAACAAAAGCCAGGAGCAUGUAGAAGGGGUGGUAACUCUAAAACUCUUUAAAGGGGGCGUGUACAUCCUGGGCAGGAGGUCGCCACUUUCUCUGUACAACAGGGAGCUGGUCAGCAUGAACGUACAAGGAGACUAUGAGCCUCAUGAGGCUGGAGGUUUCAUCAAGAUCAAUGCCCUUAGGCUAAGAGAAUACGCCAGACUACGCCAAAAGUUGAAGGAAUAAAUGACUGACCAAAUUAUCCAGGAAUGAGAAAUGUUUGGAAAAUAAUUGGUUGAUCAAGGUCCAAAAUAUUGAUUUGUUGAUUAAUGUGCAAAAUAUUGAUUAAUUAUAUAUUGAUGCUUCAGUUUUAUUAAACAGGUGUAUAGUAUAAAAGUAUAACUUCAAAUUUUUAGAAUGAAUCCACUUAUUUUGAUUUAGCGAAAUAUUUUUUUUUUACUAUAACUAUAACAUUAUAUUAUCUUUUAAAUCAACAGUGUUUGCAUUCACUGCCAUUGUAUAGGCUGCCUUUUGUUUUUAAAAUAGUGUAAUCUUUUUUGACGUAUUAUUAACUAACAUUCUGUUUCCAUUCAAUGUGAAAAUGUUUUCUGCUAGCUAUUUUUGUGAACAUCUCCUUGUUUGUUUUUGUUUCAUGAUGUUUUACAGUUGAACUAUACAAUGAGAUUGGUCAAGUCAGCUGGACUUAAAAUUCUGUUUAUAACCUAAUUCAGUGAGUUUUUAGGAAUCUCCGAGUCAACCCAGCUCUAAUUAGUACCUCACAUAAGUUAGAGAAAGUAAAGUUAUUUCCAAUUCCAGUGUUGUUGAAAAUUCAAGGUCACAUAAAAAGAUGAACUCUCCUUCACCUGUCGCAUGGAUCGUCAGGUUCCAAAGUUUACCUUUACUUACUUUAAAUAUUUUCUUACCUCGUAU